CAUCUGCUGCGAUGUGAUGGUUGUUCGUUUCUGCCCGAGUUCGUUUCCACGAGGACUCGAAGUUGUGGAUUGCGAUUUUCCAUUCACGUUGACAGCUUCACAUGCGAUUGAGAAGUCAAUCGGUAGCAAUUCUUGCCCAAUAUGCCGUCCUCCCGCCGUCCCGCCAAGAAAAAACGACGAUCUCAGACCACCCAAACCACCGUAACGAAGCCUCCGAAUCUCGGCGGCCGUAUCAUGUGGCUACCUAAAGUCAAUGAGCUGAGCACACCGAGCGGACUUCCAGACGCCUGGCAUGAUCACCCAGUCAUCUUGCUCUCCCCAAAACCGCUGCCUAACAAUGAGGUCGUCAUCUUGAUGGUGACUUCCUUCGGCGGCAGAGACCUCAUAACCCGGCACCGGCACGAUUACGAAAGACGAAAGAGGGCACACUACCUCCCCAUUGACCCAUCGCCCGCUCAUCCCGACGCACCAGACAAGAACGUAGUGCUGAAACUUGGCGGUGGUGCGGUUCUGCGAAAGAACUCAUGGGUGAACACGGAGACGCAGUACCGAGUGGUCCUCUCCCUGUUGAGAAACUAUGAGUGGAGGACUGGGAAGCUAUUCAUGCUUAUGCCGGAGUCCUAUGCCAGAUUGAUGGACUUUGUUGGGUUUCGGGCUGAUGAGGUGGUCGCUGGGCCGUCCAUGUCUGUGGGGAUGUCUGAGACACCAGAACCGGAAGCCGGACCGACCGUGACACAGACACCCACGCCCCCAUUGACUCCCGAACGCAGACCGGUAGUCGUUCCCGAGCUAGUCCCGGGGCCGGUGGCCCGGUUACCGGAAGUUGUCGAGCCGGCAAUGGCACACGACUCGGACUCGGACACCACUAUCGUCGCAGAGGACUAUUGGGAGGCCGACAUGAGACACCGACGGGAUCAAGUCUUCAACCAACGGUUUACCAUCACCAGAGAGGGCAACCAUGGCUCGAAUCCCUCCGUUUUUAUGGGGGCUCACCGAGCCUCGUACGCCACGUCUGCUUCUGAACAACUUCGGCAGCAACCUCACCUCCCUGUAUCACCGAACGUGCCUACAGCACCGAGCAGGUCUGAACUGCUCUGGGUCCUUCGACAAGCCAACAACGAGCGAUCAUCCCUCCUCCGUCCACAGACCCAAGCGACCGCACCCAACCCGCAAGCAAAAUCGCAAGUACCGGCUCCAGCAACCAGAACAGGAUAUGGCACCAUACCAUCGUCAUCCCGUCCCCCCCAAAUCCAUACCCCAAGAGCACAAGGGCAGGCUCAUUCCCGGAUUCAGGAUCCACUUACAGCCGCAGCAACCGCUCGGGCCCGGGCCCGGGCCCUUGCCGCUGCCGAACUCCCUAUGCUCGAACGAAAGAGACCAAAGCACACGUGGUUCUCCCGGUUGGGCUUGCCCUUCCGAUUCGACUUUGUCUUCUUCGGCACUUCUGCUACGAAUGCGCGGGCUCGCGCUCGCGCUUAUGGUGAAGUUAUUGCGGUUGCUCGUACCCAGGCUGGCAUGGAUCGAGGUCCACGGGUAGGAGGAGUGGGAGGAAGGAGACCAGCCCAAUAUGAAGGCAUGAUUACAAGGGCUGAAGCACGAGCUGUAGAGCGGGAGCUAAAUGCUGGACCGGCGUUUGAAUAUGCCCGUCUCGCUCCUUCGGACGUGGAGGGAGAAGGAAAGGAAAAAGGGAGGUUGUCGAUGCUUGCGAAGGGUGUGCUUGUUUUUGUGGUGUUGCUGGUUCAGGCGACGUUGCUGGCGGCGGUGGUAUGGGGCUUUGUUCACCUAAGUGCUGAUAAGGCGAUUGUUGAGUGGGUUGCGAGGGCGGCUGGUAAGGUGGUGGGGGCGUGGGAGGUUUGUGUUUGGGCGUUUUGGAAGGUGGUGGAUUUCCUCGAAUUUCUUGUUCAACUUAUUCUUGGACUAUUGUGUUGGGGUUUCAUUAUUGCUUGUUUGGCUUCUUGCUGUGGUUGUUGUGGGUAGUAGUGCCUCAUGUGCCUACUACCUAGAUAGAGUUGGGCCGAAGGGACGGCGUUUUCGAUUGGGAAGGUCGUGGUUUGGGUUGUGGAAGGCGGCCAGAUGAUGGUUGCGUCUACGACUUUGGCUUUCAUGGAUGGAAAGAUGGUUGGAUUAAGACUUGUUAUUCACUAACUACCUAGGUAGCACUAUUUGUCGCUAUUAUUGUCUUCUCGCUCCCUUUUCCCCGUUUCCUUUCUC